AUGGCCAUCGACCGCUACAUGUGCACGCUGCACCCUUCCAGGUACCACCGGCACUCCAGCAAGAAGGGCUGCGUGGCGGUGAUCAGCGCCACGUGGGCCGCCUCGGUGACGGUGUUCGCGGCGCUGGUGCUGCCCCGCGGCGGCUACUACUUCAACGCGACCGGCCUGCUGGCGUGCGACCCCUUCUUCCCGCGCGCCUCGCUGCGCAUCCUGGCCGCGUGCCUCUUCUACUUCCCCACGACGAUGGUGCUCAUGUACUGCUACGGCUCCGUCUUCCACGCCAACAAGCUGCGCCUCAAGCGCGUCGUCUGCUCGGCGCACGGCCACAGCCACGCUCAGAGCCGGGCACAGUGGUUUUGGCACCGCGGCACCGUCCCCUGCCGUGUGAUCGCCUUCCGCCUGGCAGGAGAUGCGUCCGCGCCCGCAGCUAUAUUAGCAGCCACUGGCGCGAUGCUGCUCCCUGACAUUUAUGGCGGCGCGAUUAAUUCCCUGUGA